CUUUUUCAGGGGAGGCUUCUCCGAGCUAACAGGCUGGUUUGGCUCCUCCGAGCAGGCUGGCCCAAGCCAACCAACCAUGGGCUUUCAAGAGCUGUGCCCAACGUUUCGCGCGCGCCAGGUGUCGGCCGUGCGGCUGCCACAUGGACACCGCCCGCCGCCGCCGUGUCUCCACCUCCUGCUCUUCACCGCCCUGUGCUUCACUGUCCUGGAAACCGCCGCCCAUGCGCCAAGAACAGGAACCGCUGUAGAAGACCGCAUCGCGAGUGUCCCCAGAAUCAUGGGCACGGAGGUAAAAGAUGUUUCGAAACAAGAACCAGGUAGCGGUGUGGUUGCCUUGAAGGAGGCAAUGAAGUACUUCGAUGCUGAUUUUUUCAAUGAUUCAAAACUACAUGAGAUGGAGGACGGUGCUAAAGAAUUUAAUAUACCUGCAUUUAAAGAAAACCGAAAGUUGGUGGCUUUGGAGAAUGGUGGAUUGCAUAACCCUUCUGUUCUUGUCUUCAAAUCAUCAUGGAGUGGCGAAAGCAAAGCCAAGGAUAGUAAUAGAUUCGACUACCCUCACACCUCUGCGGUACAUCGCCCUAGUAAUGAUGAAGAUAUUGCCUUUAUGUCGAUAGUUGAGCUUGGGGAGCUUAUUAGGACAAAGGAAAUAACAUCACGUGAACUUACUGAUGUAUUCUUAAGGAGAUUAAAAAGGUAUAGUAAUGUUCUUGAAUCUGUUGUUACAUGCACUGAAGAUUUAGCAUACAAACAAGCAAAAGAGGCAGAUGACUUGCUUGCGCAAGGGAAAUACCUUGGUCCCUUGCAUGGCAUUCCAUAUGGCCUGAAGGACAUAAUUGCAGUCCCACAAUACAAUACCACUUGGGGCUCAAAGACAUUUAAGAAUCAAGUUAUUGACAUGGAAGCUUCUGUAUACAAACGAUUGAAAUCCACUGGGGCAGUCCUUGUUGCAAAGCUGGUCACAGGUUCACUUGCCUAUGAUGAUAUAUGGUUUGGGGGAAGAACACGGAACCCUUGGAACAUUGAGGAAUUUUCUACUGGUUCGUCAGCUGGGCCAGCAGCUAGUACCUCUGCAGGAAUGGUUCCCUUUGCAAUUGGUUCAGAAACUGCGGGAUCCAUAACAUACCCUGCCGCUAGAUGUGGAGCAACUGCUUUGCGCCCGACAUUUGGAACCGUUGCACGGACCGGUGUCAUGAGCAUUUCUGAGAGUCUGGACAAACUUGGUCCUAUCUGCAGAACUGCAGUAGACUGUGCUAUUGUACUAGAUACAAUCCGUGGCACGGAUGCUGGUGAUCCCUCAUCCCGUGAAAUCGCUUUAGAAGAUCCAUUUCAUGUUGACAUCACAGAACUCACUGUUGGAUAUCUUGACAGUGCUGAGAUGGAGGUUGUCAAAGUUCUUUCUGCCAAGGGUGCUAAGCUUGUGCCUUUCAAGUUGAACUACACCGUUGAAUCGGUUCAGUCCAUUCUAAACAUCACGAUGGAUGUCGAUAUGCUUGCGCAUUUUGACAACUGGCAACGCGAAGGAAAUGAUGAUGACUAUGAAGCUCAAGACCAGUGGCCGGUGGAGCUUCGCCGUGCUCGAUUAAUCCCAGCAGUCGACUAUGUACAGGCACAGAGAGCACGAGGUAGGCUGAUCAGGGAAAUCCGGGAGAGCUUCACAGUUGACGCAUUCAUUGGCAAUGUGACUGACUGGGAGCUCGUUUGUGUGGGAAACCUCAUCGGAAUGCCUAUCAUGGUGAUUCCUACAGGCUUCAAGAGCAUAGAAGAUCCACCAAAAGGCGGCACGAAAAGAAGAACCACAGUCACAACGGGCAUAUAUGCUCCACCUGACCAUGACCACAUUGCUCUCGCUCUGGCGAUGGCGUACCAGUCGGUCACCAAUCACCACAAACAACGGCCACCACUCGACAAUCUAGCCCCGGAUGACAAGAUACACACGUAGCUAGCUGAUGAAACGGUACGAGGAAAGCUCCGAGUAAUCUUUGUGGUAUUUUCCUUUCAAAGGUUGUACUUUGUAUUCAAAAGGCACAGGGCCAUAACUAAAAUUGCAAAUUACAUCUGGGGUACGUGGAUAACCCCUUCCACUUA